UAUUUUGAACAAUCCGGAUAAUCGAAAAUCCGGAUAAUGGAGGUCCGGAUAAUGGAGGUUCUACUGUAUUUAUAAAAUUCAAAUGACAUAAUUAUUAUAAUACUGUAUUUAACCCUUUUAACCUUUCGGAAUGCCGAACCAUACAGGCGUAGGUUCACUCGGGUAAAUUCGAAGGUCAUUGGAAGAAAUUUACUAAUAUUAUGUAAAAAAUUCGUAUAAAAUCGAAUUUUAGUAAUAAAAAUAUAAAAACAAAAAAUUCUAAUAUGGAAGUAUGUGUACUUUUAUUUGGUAUAUUAUUUAUCUGCGUAUAUUUUUAUUAUUUUUUAAAAAAAUUCGUAUUUGUUGGCUUACGUUAAUGAACUGUAAAUUAAUUGCCAUUUUAUCUAAUUUAAUUACAUUUUAUAUCUGAUUAAUGUACUAUUUGAUAGUAUACUAUUAAUUCUAUGUUAUAUUAAAGUAUUAGUUUAUUACAUUCAUCGUAAAUUAUUUUAAUUUUAAUUUCUGUAAAUUUUCCCAACGGUUUUUUGUUUAUCCAACAAUCGAAUCGACAUGCUGCCAUUUUGAGUACGUUAUUACUUGUACGUCUAUUCUACAUGCUGAAACUGAUUUAAAUGAUCUCCAACCACUAUUAGAAUCUUCUAAUGCAUUAGUGGAAAUGAGAUUUUUAUUAUUAGAAGAAAAAUAUCUUGAACAGUUAGAAGAUGGAAGGAUUAUAGAAGCACUUCAGUGUCUUAGGCAUGAACUUACACCAUUAAAACAUAACACAACUAGAGUCCAUGAGCUUAGCAGUUAUAUGAUGUGUGGCACAAGUGAUGAAUUAAAACUUAUUUCACAUUAGAAAGGAAAAUGCCAUUUAUCAAGACAGAGACUAAUGGAAAAAUUACAAGCAUUUUUGCCUCCAACAGUAAUGCUACCUUCUAGAAGAUUAAGAACAUUACUUGGUCAAGCUGUUGAAUUACAGCGAGAUCGUUGUCCAUAUCACAACAUGAAGCCAGAUGAUAGUCUUGAAAAUGUAUCUUUAUUAAUAGAUCAUAAAUGCACAAAGGAAGAAUUUCCAUGUGAAACAGUUCAAAUAUUAAGAGAUCACUGUGAUGAAGUUUGGUUCUGCAGAUAUUCUAAUGAUGGCACAAAAUUAGAUACUGGAUCAAAAGAUACAACUGUAAUUAUUUGGGACAUUGAUCCAGAAACUUUAGAAGUUCGACAUAAAAGGACAUUUGAAGGGCAUCCAAAUGGUGUAUCAUAUUUAGCGUGGAGUCCAGAUGAUACAUAUCUUAUUGCCUGUGGUCCUGAUGAUUCCUCUGAUGUGUGGUUAUGGAAUGUACAGACAGGAGAUCUUUGUUUUAAAAUGAGCCCUACUCCAGAGGACAGUCUUACAUCUUGUGCUUGGCAUAAAGAUGGAAAAAAAUUUGUAACUGGGGGUACUAGAGGACAAUUUUAUCAGUGUGAUCUAGAUGGAAAUGUGUUAGAUUCCUGAGAAGGCGUAAGAGUAUUGUGUUUGUGGUGUCGAAAAGAUGGUAAAACUGUAUUAGCUGCAGACACACACAAUAGAAUUAGGGGUUAUAAUUUUGAAGAAUUAACAGAUUUUAAUAUCAUACAAGAAGGUUAUUCAAUUAUGUCUUUUACCUGUGAUAAUACGGGUCGUUUAGCUCUUCUCAAUGUAGCAACUCAGAUACUUGUAGUCAUUCUGAUUUCUCUCUUACUUCACCAACUACUGCUAUUGCUUCAAUUUCAACUUGAGCACCCUAAGACAACAAACAUAUUCAAAAUAAAUAUGUAUUUUUGAGAAAUAUCAACUAACAACAUAAUGUAAUAUCAGAUCAUUUCAAAUCAAUGUUUUCCAAUUUGUGGAUCAUACAUAACCCCCAACAACAAAUUGUAUUGUACCAUUUAUUUUUUUCUAGCUCAAUGAAAGAGAAUCAUAAAAUAUAUUGGUGUGACCAUUACAUCACACUGAGAUGGCUACGUCAACAAUGCCCAAGAACUGACACCACCUGUGACUUUAGGUGCACAGGAACCUUCCAAAUAAUUAUCGCAUGAGUGGUCCCAUAUGACGAAAAUGAACAGGCCAGGGAUGGAGGAGGGAGUCAAGAGACAGUACACUGGAAAUAAUGCACUCCACUAUACAUUUAACCAGCAAACAAUAAAUAUUUAUUUUUCAAGAAGGAAAAAAAUUUACAAAGAAAAUUGAAAUAGAGAGGAGAGUCUUAAUGUAUUCCAAAAUGAGAGAGACUGUUUUCAGUUACUUAUAUGGGUUGAUAAAUACCUGGAUCUAUAAUGUCUGAUGAUCGCUGUCUGGCUUUGACAUCCUGGAGAGAGGAAGGAGAGUCUCUCACUAAGUUAUGAUAAGUCUUGAAUCCCAAAGUUCAUAAGAGUAAAAUCCACAACUGUUGUUGUCCAAUUGAUUGUUUGUUAGUUCGAAGCAGCCAAGGCCUGGUGGAAAGGGUGGGAAAUUGGGAAAAUCAGUGAGAAGCCUGGCAAGGAUGAGCACACACUUCAAAACAGACAGGUGAACUCUCUCAUGACCUUCUUUCCCCUCUAUUCUGACCAUAUUUGCUAUGAUCAUGCAAGGAGCUGAUGGUUAGUCCAAUCCCAAAUUUUUUUGUGACACUUCCUUCGAUGAAUAGUUUUUAGUGGAAUGUGUCACCCACGAAGAAAGUGUUAUUGGUGGGAAAAUCUUGCAAAGUUCCUCUGUGGAAUUUGCUAAAAUAAAAUAAUCCUCUCUUUUAAUUUUUGAAAAAUUAAAUAAGAUUAAGAUCGUCAAAAUUACAAGAAAAUAUUAGCCCAGGUUCUCACAUUGGAAAACAAAGCUUUAAAUGUCUUUUCCCCUACACUUACCAAAUUAAAUGAAUAAAAAUAAUUAUUAUUUAAAACACACUGCAAAAAAAUUAAAUAGUAAAAGACAAAUAUCUCAUUGAAAAUGAUUUUAUUGUGUUUAAAAAAAAUAAGUAUAAAAUUUGGUUCCUAUUUGGUUAAGUCAAAAUGAGGUGAUUGAUAAAUGACUUCAGGCAUAACAUACUGUAGAAUAUUUAGCUUCCUUGGCUUUGUUAAAAUUUAAUAUAAAUAAUUCAAAAAUUUAUCCAUUUCCAUUACAUUCAUUACAUUAAAAACUGCUUUUUUUAACAAAAAAACUUGUCUGAUAUUUCAGUACUUUUGAGCUUUUUAGACUCAUUAUGAGGGACAAUCAAACAGAAAUUCUAAAUUCUAUCAACUCAAUAAUUUCAUUGAUGAAAUUCAGAAUUUUGUAUUUGAUUUCCCACUGAUGAUGAGCCUAAAAAGUUCAAAACUAUUUUGGUAAAAUAUCAGACAAGUUUUUUUGUUAGUUUCUCCAAUAAAGCAAUGUUUAACAUCAAUAAGUUGUAGAUUUUUAAAGUUAAUUUCUAGCUUUGAAUAACAAUUCUAGAAUUUUAAAGUUUAAUUUAUUGAUAAAAUGCACAUUAAGAUCAAUAUCAAAAGUCAGCCAAUUCUUGAGUUAGACAGUCAAUCAACACACUGACCAAACAAAUUAUCCAUUGUCUGAUGCACAUGCUAUAGCACCCCUACUCAAAUGAUGGCUGCAAUCUAAAUCUGGACUGCCAGCUAAUUGCAUGUUUCUAAACCAGCAUGCUUUUCCUUUUCUGGCUAAUAAUUUUUCUAUCAAUAUUGUACAGCCCUCUAAAACUGGUAGGAAAAAAAUGCAAAUUUUAAUACUUAUAUUUUCCAUUCUCCCCUUACUAUUUUUUCCUUUUUCUCAUUAUUCAUCCAAUAUAAGCUAAUAUCACUUUGCAGAGAAGAGUGAUAUUAGCUUGAUUUGAAUCAGUAGAAUCUUUUGAUGACCUCAUAAUACUGCCUGUUGAAUGUCUAUCUUCACUAUGUUCUUGUUAAGAAGCAAGAUACAAAGAAGCACUAAUGAUAAUAUUUUUAAAGGGAAAGGUAAAAAAACAUGGUUACUAAAAGGUGACCUCUUAGCAACUGACUCUAAAUCCAAAGCAAUAAGCAGGAACUUUAUUUUAGUCACCAUAUAUGUGUACCAACAGCCAUAUUUUUAGAAAAAGAACACUGAGUAGAGAUAUUGAACAGUCAACAAAUUUCUUAAAAUUCUUCAGCCAACAUCACAGAAGCAGCAAUUUUUAUAGUUCAUGGAUAGUUCAUAAUCACACAUUUAACAUUUCUGUCAGAUAUAUUUGAACAUAUAAGCCAGUUAAAUAAAAUAUAUAAGACAUUACCAAGCUUCUCUAACAUAUCAC